GGCGAAGUCUCGCGGGAAGUCGCUAUAGAGACGGGGGGGCCGCGGAGACGCCGCCUGUGCUGGGAGGCAGGCGGGAGCCGCCGGGGGCCGCCUCAGGCCGGCCGCUGAGGGAGCGGGCGCGGCUGUCUCCGCUCUGCUCUCCCCGUCCCGGCGCAGCUUCUAGGAAAUGCUUUCAGCUGAUGCGCUAGCAGUUAGACUCUGCUGAGUUCCUGCCCUGAAUGCAUGCACGAAGGGUGUAGGAUGAGAGGAGUCGCCGCUGUCCGAGCUGUCCUGUGCCCCUAACACCUCACCUGGCGCUGACAGGUGUAGCCGCACGGCCGCGGAGUGCUCUGCGAGUAUCUCGGGCAAGGGGAAGCGUUCGUGCCAUUCAGUUAUACCUACGUACCGUUUUUAAUGAUACAUCUGAACAACUGAAAUGAGACUGAAGACUUCACUUUUAAAGGAACCAAAGCAUAUCCUUUGUCUCAGAAUAAACCACAGAAAAACAUAUUAUUUGUGUUUAGUUUCUUUUCUAGAAAGGAUUUUAUUUAUCUUAAACCUUGUAGUAAAAUAUUUGUAAAUUGCAGGUGGCUUUUUUUUAAUCUCACCAUCUAGUGCAGUCUUUAAGGGCAAUGUUUUAAGAGAUGUGGAACAUUCUUCAGAAGCUGUCAAUGUUUUGCUACUAACUUUUGAGUUUUUCUUUCCUUUCCUGUUUGUAGUGAUGUUAAAUCUUUCCAAGACAGUAAAUAGGAGUAGUGAUAUUAUAUACUUGCUUGUAAGAGGAUGCACACAUAGCAGAUACAAACAAAAGCGUGAUAUUACAUUUCUUAACAAAUACGUCAACAGUUUAAAUACAUUGUGGUGUUAAUAAACCAACACCACGUGUGUUGAUGUGAACAAUAACAGGGCGAUUUGCACUUGUAUUGUUCACUAAGAUGCUGUACAGGUGUAACCCAACGGUUCUGCAAUGUUUCAAUAAAUAAAUAUAUAUCAUAGUAAUUCUAUUUUUACAUGAUAUGGCUUGUCUGCUUUAUAUCCUGGUGAAUUUCUAUCAUCUCUUUCCUUGACACAAAAGAGCAAAGAAAAAAAUGAAGAAUUACGUUUCCUAUAUACAAAACAUUUUAUGUAAUCUUAUGAAAAUAAUGCUACUGUACUGAGAUAUUUUAUGUCCAUUUUUAAUGAUUAAAAUUUUCAGAUUUCCUUAAUUUAAUUAAACAUAAGGAAUUAGUUAGCUGUGUGGGAUGGACUACAGCUGAUGAGCUAUAUUCCUGCAGUGAUGACCACCAAAUUAUGAAAUGGAACCUUUUAACUAGUGAGACUACUCGAGUAGUGAAACUCCCAGAUGAUACGUAUCCCAUAGAUCUUCACUGGCUUCCCAGAAGUGUAGGUGGGAAGAAGCAGUCCCAUGCUGAGAGCUUUGUUCUUACAAGUUCUGAUGGGAAGUUCCACUUAAUUUCCAAAUCGGGAAGAGUAGAGAAAAGUGUGGAAGCCCACUGCGGAGCCGUGCUUGCAGGAAGGUGGAAUUCCGAGGGAACAGCUCUGGCCACAGUUGGUGAAGAUGGGCAAGUGAAAAUCUGGUCUAAAAGUGGAAUGCUGAGAUCCACGUUAGCUCAGCAAGGAACACCGGUGUACUCAGUAGCCUGGGGACCUGAUUCUGAAAAGGUUCUCUAUACUUCAGGAAAGCAGCUGAUUAUUAAACCUCUCCAACCAAAUGUUAAAGUUUUACAGUGGAAAGCCCACGAUGGCCUUAUUUUAAAAACUGACUGGAACUCAGUCAAUGAACUUAUUCUUUCUGCAGGUGAAGACUGUAAAUACAAGGUAUGGGACAGUUAUGGGCAUCUACUGUACAGCUCACAGCCCCAUGAAUAUCCUAUAACAUCCAUUGCUUGGUCUGGGGAUGGAGAAUUAUUUGCUGUGGGGUCUUUUCAUACUUUACGUCUAUGUGAUAAAACUGGGUGGUCCUAUGCUUUAGAGAAGCCCAACACUGGCAGCAUAUUUAAUAUUGCUUGGUCUGUUGACGGCACUCAGCUAGCUGGAGCAUGUGGCAAUGGACACGUCAUCUUUGCCCACGUUGUGGAGCAGCGCUGGGAGUGGAAGAACUUUGAAAUAACAUUGAUUAAGAGGAGAACCAUGCAGGUGCACAAUGUUAUUAAUGAUGCAGUUGAUUUGCUGGAAUUCCGUGAUAGGGUUAUCAAGGCCUCUUUGAACUAUGGGCAUUUGGUUGUCUCAACUUCUCUUCAGUGUUACGUAUUUUCUACAAAGAACUGGAAUACACCACUUAUCUUUGACCUGAAGGAAGGAACAGUCACUUUGAUUCUACAAGCAGAAAGGCAUUUUCUUCUUGUAGAUGGUGGAGGACUUUAUUUAUAUUCCUAUGAAGGAAGAUUAAUUUCCUCUCCAAAAUUUCCAGGAAUGAGAACAGACAUUUUAAAUGCCCAGACAGUAUCUCUGAGUAAUGAUACUCUGGCAGUAAAAGACAAAGCUGAUGAAAAGGUUAUCUACAUAUUUGAUGCUUUGUCUGGAAAACCACUGGGUGAUGGAAAGCCUCUAACCCAUAAGACAGAAAUCGUGGAGAUUGCUUUGGACCAGAAAGGACUUACAAGUGAAAGAAAAAUAGCUUUUAUUGAUAAGAACAGAGACCUUUAUAUCACUUCAGUUAAAAGGUUUGGGAAAGAACAGAAGAUUGUCAAAAUAGGAACAAUGGUUCAAACGUUGGCUUGGAAUGACACAUCUAACAUACUUUGUGGGAUUCAGGAUACCCGUUUUACAGUCUGGUACUACCCCAACACGGUCUAUGUAGAUAAAGAUCUUUUGACAAAAACUCUAUAUGAAAAAGAUGCAAGUGAGUUUAGCAAAAAUCCCCAGAUUGUACAUUUUGUAGGAAAUCAAAUAACAAUUAGAAGAGCAGAUGGUUCACUUAUUCACCUUAAUAUUUCACCUUACCCUGUGAUUCUUCAUGAGUAUGUUAGUAGUUCUAAGUGGGAAGAUGCUGUCAGAUUAUGUCGCUUCGUCAAGGAUCAAACUAUGUGGGCGUGUUUAGCAGCUAUGGCAGUUGCCAAUAAAGAUAUGGCUACAGCAGAAAUUGCCUAUGCAUCAAUUGGUGAGAUUGACAAAGUUCAGUAUAUCAAUUCCAUCAAAGAUCUUCCAUCAAAAGAGUCAAGGAUGGCUCAUAUACUCCUCUUCAGUGGAAACACACAAGAAGCUGAAACCCUGCUUCUUCAGACAGGCCUUAUUUAUCAAGCUAUUCAAGUCAACAUUAAUCUUUACAACUGGGAUAGGGCGCUAGAGCUAGCAGUAAAGCACAAGACACAUGUUGACACAGUCCUGGCUUAUCGACAGAAGUUCCUAGAGGACUUUGGUAAAAAAGAAACAAACAAAAGAUUUUUGCAGUAUGCAGAAGGUCUGGAAGUUGACUGGAAUAAAAUCAAAGCCAAAAUAGAGAUGGAAAUUGCCAAAGAAAGAGAACGAGCAGCAGCCAGUGCCACAGUGAGAGCUAGUGUGACUGUGCAGCAAUAACUGUCCUUUUGGCAAUAUUAGUAAGUGCUUCUUGAGUAUUUUGUACUGGCAUAUUUUGACAAACAAGUAAAAAUCAACAAACAUUUUGCAGGGUACGGGAGUUCGAGUUGAUGUAGUUCUUGUUAAUUGUUGGAUGACAGGCAGAAUUAUUUAUUACAGUCUCACUUCGGGCUGGAUUUACUUUCUGAUGCCCUAACUCCAGUGAAUAGUUACACUAUAGUCCAUAAUAAGUACAUACAAGAAAAAAGGGGAAGUUAAUUUUUGUCUUUCCAUUAUUGGCUUUUAAAUUUUCAUUGCCAUUAAAAUUGUUUAACAUUGGUUGCCCCUAGGUGAGUACUGAUUUCCCUGUUUAAGCAACCAGUUAAAUAAUCUGGGUAUUGUAAUCUGGUUAUUUCUGCAACCUCAGGGAGCCUCUGAGAAGACGUGUUUAAAUUGCCUUGAAAUGAGCUGUAAGCAUUGAGAAUUAAAAAAAAAGAGGUUGCGCUUGUCAGUUACAGAAUAUUUCACUUGCAGUUAUACAGUUCUGGUAGUACAUAGUUCUGCUAAUAUCUAUUAGCAAGUUCUUCAAUAGAUGAUUUCAGAUUGCUUCAGCAACUCAGGUUUGUCUCUUAGCAAACAAUUUCACAAUAAAGAGUAUUUUCUAAGGUAGGGUAAACUGUUCAAUAUACUGUGGAAGUUGCUUUGACUGUUGUUUGAAGUAAUGAACAGCAUUAUGGGUUGGUUUUGUAGCAUCUAGCACAUUCAAUUGAGAAUGAUACUCAGAGCUAAAGGUUAAAAUAUCAUAUUCACUUAAAAUAGCCAAGAGCUUUACACGUAUUUUCUCUGCCCAAAGCAUUUGAUUUUAAAAUAUUGUUUUUACAUGUGUGCUAUUUCAUCAGUACAUACUUUUUUGUCUUCUACAUAAGAAAGCGACUGCAUAUGUUAGAUGCUCUUUAUAGGAGCCCUUUGCAGUAUAAAAAUGUGAGCAGGUUAUUCAGAACUGAUGUUUUAGAAUAAUCUUUCAAAUGUUACCAUCGAAAUGUUAAGUAUAUAUCAGGUGAAUUUCUUGUGUUUUAUAAAUGACUAUGUGACACUUCUUUUGCACAGUUCAUCAUUUUCUUAAUAAAAAUAAUCAAA